CUCAUUCCAACUCUCCUUCCAUCAGACAUGGAUUUCUUCCUCACUCAAAACCAAAGCAAAACCCAAAAGCACCACAACUACACACCCAAUUACACCAAAAACAUGGCCAAAAAGAGGCUAACAAGAGAUCAAGUGAGGCUCCUUGAGAGAAGUUUCACAACAAACAAGAAACUAGAGCCAGAACUCAAGCUCCAACUAUCAACCCAACUUGGUGUCCCACCAAGACAAGUAGCAAUUUGGUACCAAAACAAGAGAGCUAGAUGGAAGACACAAAGCUUGGAGAUUGACUACAACACACUCCAAGUCAAGCUUCAACAUGCAUUGCUUGAGAAAAGUAAGUUAGAGAGACAAGUCAUGGAGCUUCAAGGAGAGCUAAGAAGAGCUCAAGAGAUGAUGCAUCAAUUUGGCUUUACUUACCAAAAAGUAGAUCAUCCUCAAGCACCUCCUCCUCCUCCUCCUCCUCAUGACGUUUCUUGUAAUAAUUCUAGUGAUGAGGGAGGUGGGUCUAGCUUGAAUAAUGAUCAAGAUGUUAAUGGUGGGGAAGUUUUGCAAAUGGAGGACCUCUAUGCUUUCUUGAUUGGUGGAGGUGGUGGGUCAAUAUGGACCUAAUUAAAUUAAGUGUAAUGUUUUGUGACCCAAAAAGAAAAUGGCUUUCAUGACUAAAUUGCUUAUUGUGAAAAAUAAUAGCUUAUAUACUUUGCAAAACUAUUUAUUUUGUCUCUCAUUUUAUUCACCGUUCAUUUUUUUUUCAGAGAAAAGGAAUGCAAAAUAAAUGAGAGGCAAAUUGAAUAAUUUUUGCAUUUAUUGGGAUUAAAUAUAGAAAAUGUAGGUGGGUUUGACUUUUUAUUAAUUGAUGGUGCAUGUCUCAAAUAUAAUAAUGUAAUUUUUUUUAGGGGAAUGGUGACACUUAAAAUUUUCUUUGUAGCUAUUAAUUAGUUGGCGAUGUGUUUAGUUGCAUGAUUAGGAGUAAAGUCUAACUUGUUUUUGUACAAUAUUGCUUGAUAAUAAUGUAUU